AUGGCGGGGACUUCCGGAAGGGGUACUGCCAGAAGGCGGUCUUCGGGAGCAUCCCUCGGAUUCUACUUGGGGGUGAUUGCGUUGCUGUUUGGAUUGCUUAAUUUGGCGCUCAAUCUACGCACGACACAGUUUGUGGAACAGGAUAUUUCCGUAGUGGAAGCCAUUCUAAAAGAAAGUCUGUCGGCGUUCACCAGCGCGAAAGUCGCCGACGCAGGCUCUCGCCAAGAGCUACAUCCCGAUCGCCAUCCUUCGUACAAGCUAGCGGGUUUGUCUUGCGAUGCCUAUGGGGGUCCGUCUCCGGAUGUGGCUCAAGAGAUGGUGUAUUGGCGAGACAUUCCAGCCGACAGCAAUCACGUGAGCCCGUUCCAGAAGCCUGCGGUCACAGAAUACCUCACUUUUGAACCCGACCACGGUGGGUUUAACAACAUUCGCAUGGCAAUGGAGACUGUAUUGGCCCUGGCUUUUGCCAUGGGGCGAACUUUGGUGCUGCCACCUGAGAAACGUAUGUAUUUGCUGGACAAGGAUUCCGAAAGGAAUCAUUUUGGAUUCGACCAUUUCUUUCACAUGGAGGCUAUACACAAUGAGCACACCGGAUUGAACAUCAUUACAAUGCAAGAGUAUUUAGAACGCGAAGCCAUGACGGGACACUUUCGGGAUGGUGAUGGUAAUGUGGCAUUUCCACCAAGCAAUCGCACUCAAUGGGACGGGGCGAACCCAGACGAAAUCGAUACGCUAUUCUAUUGGCUGAGAUCGGUUUCGCAAGUCGUUGUAUGGAAUCCAGAAGAAUGCAUGGCAGUUUUCCCCGCUUCAGCAAGCCAUGAAGAUACCCAAGAUCUCAUACGUAUCAAUAGCGAAGUCAAUGCGGAAAAUGUGAAGUGGGAAGACUACGUUGGCAAACCCUUUCCCAUCGACGCUUCCGCCAAGAAUCGUAUGAAAGAAAAUCGCGCCGGACGUCAAGAAAUAUGCUUGUACAACGAAACAUUGCAGGCUGCGCAACGUAUUCACUUUCCGACCGAUCACAGUAUGAGUGCCCGGUUACUCGUCCACUUUUACGCAUUCUUAUUUUUCCAAGACUGGAAACAAGAUCUGUGGAUGAAACGAUUCAUUCGGGACCACGUCCGCUAUAUGGACGAAAUACAGUGCGCAGCAGCUCGCGUUGUGGCGGCGGUUCGACAAAAGGCACGUGCUUACAACAACGCGAACACCGAGGGCUCGUUUAGCAGUUUUCACAUCCGACGGGGGGAUUUUCAAUACAAAAAGACGCGGGUUGAAGCAACAGAGAUCUACGACAUGGCAAAGAGACGCCUUGCCGAGAACGAAACGGUGUAUAUCGCGACUGACGAGCGAAACAUUGGUUUUUUCCAACCGCUUAAAGGCCAUUACAACGUCUUCUUCUUAAGUGACUUUGCCAGCGAGUUGGCGGGUGUUAACACAAAUUAUUACGGGAUGAUCGAUCAAUUGGUGACUAGUCGGGGCUCCAUAUUCUUUGGCUGCUGGUUUAGCACGUUCACCGGCUACAUCAACCGGAUACGGGGUUACCAUGCGGAUCAACAAAAGCUACCAGGUUACGAGCAGGGUAUUGUUAAUUCCUGGUACUACACAUUGCCAGAUCGUUUUGAUCACAUGCAGUCUUUUUACCCCGUGAAGCAAGCCUUUUACGCGCGAGAGUUUCCGUCGAGUUGGCGACUUUUAGAUGAUUGGAUGGAAGAGUUUCACAAAGAAGUAGAUGCGAAACAACGGAAAGAUCAUACUUUUUAG